AUGACAUCACCAAUACACCAAACAAAAUCAAACAAAGUCCAAGAAUUCAAGCCCCGGUAUCCUAUUCCCGAAAUACAUAGCGUAUUGCCGUUCAAUGAAAAUCCUUUACAUUUGGUCGACCCGAUGGACAGCCAGUUUAAGGACUGGUGUUUCGAAACGAGUCUAUUCUCAAGGGAUAAAUUCAGACGUAUAGCCGAUUCCACAUAUUAUGCGGCAUAUUUCUACUCGUUUUGCACCGAUAGGAACAGAUACGAGACAUUGACAAAGUCUAUGAUAAAUAUAUUCAUUCUGGACGACCACAUGGAGACAACAUGGGGUGACAUUAACCGUAAGGAGGUUAAAGCUAAAGAAAUUUACGGUCAGUUGCAUGAGGUAUGCGACAAAUUAUCUGACCCUGGUAAUAGAUCCAUUCGCAUGCAUGUCUGGAAACCCUAUACGUUAGGCUUCUAUGCUAUCUAUGAAGACGUGUUGUCUGUCUAUAAUGACUGCCAACGGAAACGGUGUUUAGGAUUCAUGAAGGAGUGGACGGACGGUAUGAUCGAUGAGUGCGUAGACCUGGAGGCAAACAAACGCAUCGAAAACUUGACGCAAUACAUGGAAGUGAGGGGCCGAUCGACUGCCGUACUAUUCUUCGUACAACUCAUAGAAUACGCGGACAACCUAUUCGUACCGCAAGCGGAAUGGGAUCACCCAAAGUUUCAACGGUUACUUGAGCUGGCUACAUAUUUAGUUGCAUUGUCCAAUGAAGUCUAUUCGUUCGAAAAGGAGGUUAAGGAACGGGACUGGAAUAUGGAUGAGGUCUACAAUAUGGUUGCAUUUUAUGUGCGCUUUAAGGGGAUGACAGUGGCGGAGGCGAUGGACAGUCUGGUGACUGACUACCUGAAAAUGGAGGCGGAAAUCGUUGCCCUAAAGGAGGAGGUGCUCAUUGAGGACUGGCUCAGCCCUGACACCCGGGUCUUUGUGGAGCGUAUCAUAUUGGAGGACAAUCCUCCCAAAAGAGGAUGUUUGGCAGCCCUAAGUCUAUGCGUACUAUACGCCGAUACGUAUUAUACGAGCAAAAAACAUAAUUUCUCGAUAAUUACUGACUGCGGAUUAUACGUCGCAUACGUACUAUACCCGCAUAUUCAGGUUAUUCGUAAUAGUAAAUAUUAA